AUGCUAUGUUCAGCUUUGAGGAGCCGGGGCUGUCCGCUAUUCUCUAGUAAUUUGAACCCAGAAGCUUCUGCGGCUGUUUUUCUCACCUUAGAUCGCAAAAGCAACGACCUAAGUGUACCCCGCUCGUAUCACAUUGGAAUCGUUGUCUCCAACGGAAGCCCCCGCGGACAUGUGGUACUCUAUGAAGUUGACGGCGCUGGGAGCGGUUGGGAAUUACGGCAUAGCAAAUCGAAUGCUCUUCGCGGGCGGACGAAGCUUGAGGACGUUUGCACGAUUGUGAGUUGCAUUAACAUGCGUGUAAUGGCAAGAGGUAAGAGAGGUUAUUGA